AUGUCCGCGGAUCAUCCAGCUGAUGGUGCUCAAGCAUCAUCAAGGAGAACUAGAAUUGCUAAUGCAUUUAAUACAAUGUUUGAUCAUUCUGGAGAAGUCUUAGAAUCGUCGCUUAACAAUACAACAGCAAUUGUUGGUGCAGCAGAAACCGCAGUCAACGUGGUAAUACCAUUUGCAAGUUUUUUACCACUUAUAACAGAAGUAACCAAAGUAUUCAAUGAAAUCAUUGAAAUAUAUCAAACAGCUGAACAUAAUAAAAAAAUAUGUGGGAUAAUGUUGGAUAGAGUCCAAGUAGCUGAUACGGCCGUAAGAAAUUUAAAAAACCGUAGGGAAGAUAAUAUAAAAUUCUUUUCGGAUGGAAAUUUAUUUAAUUUACAAAAAUUGGUUCAUGUUAUUGGUAAAAUUCGUAAAUUUGUUGAAGAAAUUUCUCAGUUAAAAGGGUUAAAAAAGUAUAUUCAAGCAAAAAGUAUUGAGAAACAUGUUAAAGACUUAAUUAAUGAAUUUGAUUCUACCAUACGCCUUCUGCAAUUUUCUUUGAUGGUUGAUUUUAACGUACGUGCUGACAAAGAUAUUCAAGAUAUUAAGUCUGAUAUCGAAGAUUUAGAUCAGUAUCUUAAUAAUAUUGGCAGUGGUCUAACUGACAUAAACAAAAAUGUCUCGGAAAUAGUCGUGCAAAUUAGUACCCUUAAUGCUACAGUGAAUCAAAUGGCACAAAGUAAUUCAACAGAUAAAUCAGAUGUAUUCCAAAGUGAAUUACUUGAAUUUAAUGAAUUUGAAGAAGAAGGUGAUCCCAUAGAAGGUCAAAAUGUAAGAAAAUACAAGAGAAGCAAAGCUGGAUUGAAUUAUUAUGUCGCGUUAAAGUUAGCGGCUGAUAAAGAUAGCGGUAUAGAUGAUAAAAAUAGUAUUAAAAAUCAAGUUACAAUUUUAAAAAAAUUGCAAGAAUGUGAAUGUAUUCUUCAAUACUUUGGUUUAACUGCAGACGGUGAUAAAUUUUAUUUGGUGACGGAAUGGGCUGAUUAUGGCAAUUUACGUGAAUUUUAUAAAACAUAUGGCCCACUUAAAGUUAAGCGGAAAUUAAGAUUUGCUCUUGACAUUGCUAGAGGAUUGAAUUUCUUGAGAUCUAUUGUACAUCGAGACAUAAGAGCCGAGAAUAUCUUAAUUACAAUUCAUAAAGCUGCCAAAAUUGCAAAUUUUAAAGCAAGUCGAUCAGUAACCGAUAGUACUAGGAAUCAAAAAGCAACAUUAGAGGCUAUACGAUAUUGCGCUCCGGAAAAGUUGCUAAAUGGGGAAAAAUAUAAAUAUGAUACCAAGUGUGAAGUUUAUAGUUUUGGUAUACUUCUAUGGGAAAUUGCUGAAGAAACAACUCCUUAUGUGAAAUUGGGUGCUGAUAUUAUUGCUAUACAAGAAUAUGUUUGCAUCAAACAAUGCCGUGAAUCAUUUUCUUUCGGUUCUCCCUUACCAAAAGAAUAUAUAGAACUUGCGAUACAAGCUGUUCAUUACGAUCAUAACUUUCGACCUCAAUUUUCAAAGAUUUUUACCAUACUACAAGAUCUUUGUAAACCACCGCCAUCACCUCGUAUGCCUCCUGUGACAAUUAGUUUUGAUGUUUCUGAGUGUGAUCGCUUAUCAGAUGAUGAAGGAGAAACGAUCGGCCCAAAUUCUGCAGAUUUUGAUUUCCUGACAGUAGAUGAAGCAGCAAAACAACAUAAACUUCCUAAAGGCCAAGGAAAAUGCGAAUCAGCUUACAAAUGUUUUGAAGCAUAUGCAGAAUUAGGCGAUAUUAAAGCAAAAUAUAUGAAAGGAUACUAUAUUCAACAAAAAUUA